AACUCUAUAUAGUUAUUACAUAAAUUAUGUAAAUAUAUUAAAAAAUCGUAUUACUACAGUACAGUUAGUUAAACCAGGACUUUUGAGUAUAUAUCGAAUAACUUUGCAGAUAAUAUAAUAAAACUAAAUACUUAAAAAAAAUUUUUGAAUAUUUAGUGUUAUUAUAUUGCGCGUAAUUGUUCGAUAUCUCACGGCGGAAGGCGAAAGGCGAGGCGGAAAAGGUUAUGAAUGUUUUUGCGGUCUACCACUUCUCUCCGAUGUUAGCGUGUGAUAAGAACAUUACCCAUUGUUUGUAUUUUACUGUAAAUACUUAUACAUUGGGAAUACUAAAUCAGGAACAGAGUAUUCUCAAAAUCUCUUUUCGCAAGAAUUUAAAAAUUAAUUACUCACCAUUUAAACAUCUUGUAUUCAUUAUUAUUCGAUGGAGGAGUUUUUUUUUUAAGAUGAUUUACAAAUGUUUGUGAAUCAGAUGAUGAUGUCCUGAAAAACCGCCUGCUCCUAAUUUUUUUUUUGCGAAAGAAUCGUUUCUCCUUCUCUCUAAUCCGGAAUUUGGUUAACCCACAGGGCUAUCGCGCGUCGCCGGCGAUCCGAACGACAUCGUGCGUGUGCGUGUGCAGUCCGUGCGGCGCCUAUCGCGCGCUCGUGCAUCCGGAACAACGCGGGGACAGUAGAUUGCGAACGUGUCGGUGCGCGUCGGGAGCUAUGCUACGCGCAGCGUGUAACGCGAAUGUCGUACAUAUGAAACGCAUACGUGCAUUGCACAUCAGCAUACGGAGUGCCGCUACGGUCUCGUUCGUGUUCACGGCGAACGAUGGUGCGCGUUAACGGAUGUGUCCGCGUGAAAUGUCAAGCGUUUUACGUUACCAUGGGCUGAAUCUCGCUGUGCCGUAAGCUGUCAGUUCGCAACACGCACGAGAGAGAAAAAGAGAGAAAGGGAGAGAGAGAGAGAGAGAGAGAGAGAGUGUAUGGUGUGAGAAAGAAAGAGAAGACCAUAUUUUCAGCUCUGGUGCCUAGGAAGUGAUAAGAGAGACGAAAGAGUCGCGCAGUAAACGUGUGAAAAUUAUUUGUUAUUUUUCGCUUUCCUCGCCGCGGAAACAAAGAGUUCGCCGAAAGGAAUAUCUCGUCUAAACGAUCCCGAGCCGAUGUUCGAUCGCGCCAGCAAUGGAACCCGAGGAGCCUUUGAUGCAGGGAAUACUGCUGUUACCGCCGCAGGGAAUGCUAGGCCAGCUCAAGAAAACAUGGCAUAAGCGAUACUGCCAGAUUUUCAGAACGAGCAACUAUGGGAUCAAACGCGUUGAGAUCUAUGACAACCAAGAAGAAGCAAUAUUACAGUCCCACUCUCCACGCAUCAUCACACUAGACGCCUGUAUAAAAAUUGCACCUAGCAAUCAGUCACAUGUUUUUACUGUGGUAACUAAAUCAGGAAUACACUAUUUCGGCUGUUAUUCUGAAAUGGAUAUGACACGCUGGAUUUCAGUAUUUCAAUUGGUCGCCUUCAAGGAUGUGUCAAAUCAACUAGAGGAAAACAACGAUCUGUAUUGCACGAGUGGAGAAGGUGUAUUCUCUGUGAAAGUUGUGGAAACUGAUGCAUCCAAACGAUGCGGACUGGAAGCGAGAAACUAUACAUUGGUAGUUGCUGCCGUGGACAUGAAAUUAAUGGACGGUGACAUUGUUCUGUUCACAUGGCCAUACAGGUACAUCAGAAGAUACGGAUACAGGGAUGGAAAGUUCAUCUUCGAGGCUGGAAGAAAAUGUGAAUCUGGCGAAGGUUCGUUCCGCUUGGAACACAGUAGCCAGCAAGAGAUCUUUCGAUGCAUGUACGCUAAGAUGAGAUCGAUGAAGAAGUUAUUGAACGAAGAGAGUAAUCCAAGCAUAGAGUGCAACGACACUCAAUACCACGCAGCUCUGUCGAUGGAAGCUGGCUCCAGAGCGGCUUUACCCCCCUCUCCAAACAGUUCUAGCAACUUAAUUGACAUUGAGUUUUCCACAUCGCAGAAUUCUCAGAAGCCAUUAACUUCGUCCUCGAGUACGGACUCGAGUAGAUCGACAAACAAGUCCAAACCUGCCAAACCGCCGCGAAAGUACAUCUUUGCUAAUCUGUUGGAAAAGAAAAAUGCUGACUCGGAAUUCCUAGAUUUGCCUACGUGCGGAGAAUAUAAAACUUUGAGUCAAGCUAAUUCGCCGGAAUUAUCUCACAAAAGUGUCGAAAGUGUCAUGUCCGAGAGCGAAGAAAAACAUCCGUACGACAUAGUAGAAAUUAGGAAUGACGCUUGGAAAACUCACGGCGUCGACAGUGUGCAUCAUACCGAAAGGAUAAAUUCAAGUUUACCGAGUGAAAGAGAUGAAGACGACGACAACGACGAUUUGCAAUAUGAAAUCAUGAUGCCAAUGCGGAAUCACGAUACGCCAUUCCAAAAUUCGUCGGUAAUACAAAAUAUCGACAAUGAAUCAGAUUAUGAUAAAUUAGAACACUUUGGCUCCGCGAAACUUAGUCAAAAAUCUACGUAUAAGUAUACGAAUUCUUCGCAAAGCAUACAUUCCAACAUAUCUCAUGGAGAAAGUUCUAAUCUCGUUAAUCCGGCGUGGUCCAAUUACGAUAUCGUUGAAGACAUGUCCGCGGUUAGAUUAGCGGAUGACAGUCAUCUUGGUUACGGAAUUAUCCGGAAGAAACAGGAUCAUUCCGAGACAGCUUCCGCUGUUAAUGCCGCGGGUAGUCUGCAGCAUAAAGUUUUCAACAACAGCGAAUAUGCGAUUGUAUCGAAACCAAAAAGGGUGUAGAACACUCAAACGUUUAACCAUCGAUUCCAAGUAUUAUGACCAUGUAAUUUUUCAAAUUUAUAUUUCAGAAAUUCUUAUCUUUUAUAAUAUUUUAAUUUUGUAAUUAAUUAUAAGGAUACGAACUAUAUGCUAGUCUGUGCCGCGUGCCGCGAAUAAAAACAUUUCUUGCUUUGCAUUCUAAAAAUCUUAGCAUAUUGCAAAAUGAUAAAAGUGAUGCAAUAUCAUCUUUUUUGUAUUAUUUCUUUCGUGUAUUUUUAUUUUCUAUCUAUAUCUAUCAUUUAUACAGACACUAGUCUUAUUAUAAAUAUCGUUACAUAUAUUGUAGAUAUAUGAAAGUUUUAACAUAAAAAAUUCCAUAAACGCACUUGUGCCUUUUUAUGAGAGAAUAUCUUGAAUUAUUCUAUAUUAGUAUUGAGUAGAAAAGCUCAAAGUGAUGAAUUUUUAUCAAAAUACAUUUGACUGAUUUACGACAAUAUGUGUAUAGUGCCUUAAGUAAACGAAAUUAAUUUUAAUAAUGCUAAAUUGAUGCAAAAUUAUUUAAAACGCGCGCACACACGUGCGUUGGAUUCUAUUUUGAUAUCUGAUAUAUGUAUUGGUGUACUUAGAAAUUAUGAUACAUACAUAUGAUUAUAAUUUAUGAUUUUGAUCAUAUUAUAUGAUUGCAAUUUUAUUUUACUACUAUUAAU